UAAUGGAAUAAUAUGAUAAGUACCAACUGUUUUUAAGAUUAACUAAUAAGAAAGAGACAAAAUAAAAAUAUGAGACAUUAAAUUCUUCAUGCAAAAAAGAGCAUCCUACAAUUUUGAGUGGAAAAAGAAAUCCAAAUAAUGAGGCAUAUAAGAAAUUGCAUUAGAGUUCUGAUAUAUUUAAAGAAAAUACAACACCAAUUAAGAAUGGAGUAUAAAAACCUAAAAAUUAUGCAACAGAGAGAAAAUCACUUGAAGAUUCAAAUACUAAAAGAACAUUGAUUCCAAGCUUAGAUUAAUAUUAAUCACCAGAAAGAAGAUGUUUAUCAAAUAUUAGAUAUAAUGCUAAUACAGAAAGUUCUUAAAAAGAAUCUAAAAGAAUAUUAAAGUAUAUUACAUUCUUAAAUUUAGAACAUGUGAAUAGAGAUAGUAAGAUUUCUCUCAUCGAAUUAACUUACCAAUUAGUGCUGUAUUAAUAAAUUAUUUUACUUUAUUAGAUGCAAAUAAAAGAUUAUAAAGAAGAUAAUUAUGGUUUAGGUAAAUAUAAAUCACAUGAGUCAACUUAAAAACUAAAAAGUUAUCUUGAUCUUUAAGGUCAAAUUAAUAAUUGUAAAUUUAUUAUUAUAUUCAGAAUCAUUUUAGAGUUAAACUGAUAGAUUAUUUAAAAGUCAAACUAAAAUAUAAAAAAAUCUUCUCUCAUCUUAUUAGAUUUGUAAAACCUAAACAGAAACUAAAAAUGGAAAGAAAAGAUUUAUUUAAAGUGCCAUGUCAUAAUAGUUCUCACCACCAGAUAAUCCAAUUAAGCCAAAAGAUCUUAAUAAAGUAUUUUUAAAGAGUUCUCAUGAACUAUGGGACUUUUAAGUAAAUUCAAUAUUUAGAUGAUUUAGAAAUAAUAAUCAAAAGCUAUUGUAAAUAUGAAACAUGCCUAUCAAUAAAAGAGUUAAAUCGAUUUAAGAUGA